AUGGAAGAGGCAGUGCUGUGUCGCUCUCCUUCGCAAAUAAGAGAACUAUUUGCAAUAUUGAUAUGCACUUGCGGUUUAUCCAAUCCUCUUCAACUAUGGGAUAAGUAUAAAUCUGCAUUAUCGGAGGAUAUCUUGCAAAGAUUUGAAAGGAUGGAUCAAGUCAACAAUGAUCUAUGUUUCAAUGAAGCACUGAGACAUAUAGAGGACAAAAUAAUAACGAUUUCCGGUAAGAAAUUGUCUGACUUCGGUAUGCCUACACCAGAGCGUCGAGGAGAGUUGUCGACCGAUUUGAUCAAAGAGCUAAGCUACGAUAUUGCUUUAUUAGACGCUCAGGUCAGCGAAACUGAACCACGCCUGCUACCCGAACAAAAAAACAUUUAUAACAAAAUAUUACAACGAGUUGAGCUUGACAAAGGCGGCCUUUUCUUUCUUGACGCCCGGGCGGUACAGGACCGUAAAGUUGCAUUAGCGGUGGCUUCCUCUGGGAUCGCUGCAACAUUGCUGAGCGGUGGACGAACGGCACAUUCGGUUUUUAAAUUACCUCUUAAUCUGGCGAGCGAAGAAACCCCAACGUGCAACAUCAGUAAGAGCAGUGCCCGUGGCGCCCUCUUGCAACAAUGUAUGCUGAUCGUGUGGGACGAGUGCACUAUGUCACACAAACGCGCCAUUGAGGCGCUUGAUCGCUGUCUACAAGAUAUUCACAGCAAUCGAAAGUUGAUGGGUGGUGUGGUAGUGUUAUUGGCAGGGGAUUUUAGACAGACUUUACCUAUUAUCGAGAGAGGCACUGCAGCAGAUGAAAUUAACGCAUGUCUAAAAGCCUCAUAUCUGUGGUCUAAAGUUGAAAAGCUUUAUCUUACCACUAACAUGCGAGUCCAGUUAUUCAGCGAUGUCGAAUCAGGAGCAUAUGCUCAAAAACUGCUAGAAAUUGGUGAAGGCCACCUAAACACCGACCAA